GAACAAAGGGCAGAAAUGCAAUUUAUUCAAAGACAGAUGAUUCCAGGACACAGAGCACCCUGGACAGACGCGAAGAGCUUCUUUAAUCAGAAAGAAACUUCCAAGGCUAGUUCGCCGAAGAAAAAUGGGCACCAAGGGCAAAGUUAUUAAAUGCAAAGCAGCCAUUGCCUGGGAAACAGGCAAGCCCCUUUGCAUAGAAGAGGUUGAGGUAGCCCCCCCCAAGGCUCAUGAAGUUCGCGUUCAGAUUAUCGCCACUGCCCUGUGCCAUACUGAUGCCCAUCCCAUCAGUCCUAAAUUUAAAGAGGCCCUUCUCCCAGUGAUCCUUGGCCAUGAGGGUGCAGGAAUUGUGGAAAGUGUUGGUCCAGGAGUGACCAACUUCAAACCAGGUGACAAAGUAAUUCCACUCUACAUGCCUCAAUGUAGAAAAUGCAAGUUCUGUCUGAGUCCACUCACAAAUUUCUGUAAAAAACUCAGUCUAGUCAAAAAUCCUCUUGUUGAUCAAGAACUAAUGGAAGACAAAACCAGCAGGUUUACCUGCAAAGGAAAACCAAUUUACCAUUUCAUGGGGACCAGUACCUUCACUCAGUACACCGUGGUGUCAGAUAUAAAUCUUGUCAAAAUCGAUGAUGAUGCAAAUUUAGAGAGAGUUUGCCUGUUUGGAUGCGGGUUUUCAACUGGCUAUGGAGCUGCAAUCAACACUGCCAAGGUCACCCCUGGUUCUACUUGUGCUGUCUUUGGCCUAGGAGCUGUUGGUCUUUCCGCCAUAAUGGGCUGUAAAGUAGCAGGAGCUUCCAGAAUCAUGGCUAUUGACAUCAACAGUGAGAAGUUUACAAAGGCCAAAGCCCUUGGAGCCACUGACUGCCUCAAUCCUAGAAAUCUAGAUAAACCCAUCCAGGAGGUCAUCAUUGAAAUGACCAAUGGAGGUGUGGAUUUUGCCUUUGACUGUGCAGGUGGACCUGAAACCAUGAGAGCAGCCCUGGACAGUACAAUAGUCGGUUGGGGAUCAUGUACUUUCAUUGGAGUAGACUCUGAAAUGAGAGGACUGAUGGUAUCUCCAGUGGAGCUAAUAAUGGGCCGUACCAUAAACGGAACAUGCUUUGGUGGUUGGAAAAGCAUCGAUUCUAUGCCAAAGCUGGUUACUGACUACAAGAAUAAGAAAUUUGAUCUGGAUAUAUUGGUGACUCAUACCCUGCCUUUUGACAAAAUCAAUGAGGCAUUUGACCUAAUGAACCAAGGCAAAAGCAUUCGAAUAGUCCUGACCUUUUGAAGACGCCAGAAACAAACUGGGAUAUUACCUGAACCUGAACCUGUCUGGUUAAUUUACAACCUGUAAUAAUGAAUCAAGGACUGCCAUGAAUUUAAACAACUACUUAUAGUUAUCAUCUCAACAUCAAAUAGUUAUAAAAAUCACAGCCUUUGUAUCCAUAAAAUGCAUUAAUAUUUCCUGUUUAGUAAUUAUGAUAACUGAUGGUUUCACGAAUAGAAUUAUAUGAUGAGACUUGUUUAAAACUAUUUCUGGAGAGGUGGGAGUGGGGAAUGAAGAGUAAUAAGUAAAGCUAGAUUGGUUUUAUGUUUAUAAUUUUUUAGGUUGGGUGAUAAAUAUAUAGGGUUUCAUUACACUGUUCUCCACUUCUGUUUAUGCUUAAAAUUUUCCAUAGUAAAAUAAUUUUUACUAGAAAAAUUACUAUUAUAUAUGUGUACAUAAGAUACUAUAUCUUUAAAAUAUGUCAUAUAUAUAAUAUGCUAUUACAUAGUUUCCAGGUUUCAAUAAGCUACAAGCUAAUCUUCUUUAAUAAGCUGCUAAAUAAUUUCCUUUUUGACAUCUGGUAUUUUCUUUUCUCUUAGCCCUUCUUUACCACUGUGAACUAUAAUCACAAGGAGUGGGAUAUCAGAAGCUAUAUAAAUGAGUAUAUAUAAACAAUGAAGAUGUUUUAAAAGAAAAAACACAUCUAUACUCUCAAAUGUCCAUCUUUACUAAUUGCCCUUUUCACCUUUGAUAAUCAUGACAACAUGUAAUGUUUAGAGCUUUAGAGUGUAACAACCUGUAAUUAGCACUAAGUACUUUUUAUAGUCAAUUAAAAGUGACAAAGAGCAAAGUACCUAUUAUAAAGUAACACAGUAAGUAAAAAGUUACAAGAUAUAACAGACAACAAGAUUUAUAUAGGCUUUAGUGGGAAAGGAGGGGGAAAAGUUAAAAAUAAAAAAGAUUUAUAUGAAAAGCAAAAUGAGUGGUUUCAAACAAUUAUCCUCCUAAUUGCUACAAUAGACAGUUUAAGGAUAAGAGAUUGUAAUGUGGAUCAGAUUAACAAACACUAGCUCUCAGCUUAGCAUAAUUCCUGAAAGCCCCUAGUUUUAUUUUUCAAUGUGUACCACAUGCUGAACUCUGAGAGAAGCUAAGCCUCUCAGAAGCUCUGGCAGAGGAGGGCGAGUAUAUCUCAAAGUAGAAACUUACAUUCUGGGGCGCCUGGGUGGCAUAGCGGUUAAGCGUCUGCCUUCAGCUCAGGGUGUGAUCCUGACAUUAUGGGAUCGAGCCCUACAUCAGGCUCCUCUGAUAUGAGCCUGCGUCUUCCUC